AUGGGUUUUUGGGACAAACACGAGGACAACUACCAGCAGGUGUACGAGAAUGACCAGUUCGAGGAAAACAAGGGCAGUCUAGGCCACGAAAUCCUUGCUGGAGGGGCCGCCUUUGCUGGCUUCAAGGCUUUCGAGGACCACCAGCGCGCUGAAGGCAAGCCAGUGUCCCACCAGUUCGCCAAGGAGCUGCUCGCCGGAUUUGCGGGCGCCGAAGUCGAUAAGCUUGCGGAAACCAAGGGUGAAGACUGGUUCGACAGAGAGAGGACAAAGCGUCAGGCAAGGCAGAACGCCGAGCAGAUGUACGACGAGCAUUACAUCAACAACCAGUCAGCCGACCAGUAUGAUCCCAACCAGUACGGUCCCCCCCAGCACUUUGAAAGACGCAGAUGGUAG